GUCGGGAUCCAUUCCUUCGUGAUGUACAAAUCGGAUCUUUAGUGAACCUGAAUCUGUCCUUCAACGUGAUCGAUGACCUAGCGGGACUGAGAGCUCUGCAUGGACGAAAUUACAAUCUCACUGUGCUUCAGCUCCAAGGAAACCGACUCAACUCUGUCGAGCACUUGCUUCAACAUAUCUCCGGAUUGGAAAACCUCCGGCAACUAACACUUGCCGAUCCACAGGCUUGCUUCAACAACCCGUUGUGUUCAGUCGGAGACUAUCGACAAACUGUUUUGGGCGCCUUAGCACAACUAGCGAUUUUGGACAAUCUUGAUCGGUCAGGUCGUCCAGUUCAAGUCGAUCUAUCGGUGACUUACCCAGAGUUGAAGGAUUUCCUGGAUUUCGUUGAUGCCCCAAGUACGGUCGAAGCAAUGGAGUUUGAACGGCCCACACAAGACCAGGGUAUAUGUCGACCGGAUCAGCUAGAAAAUGGGGAUAUUCACCGAAGUAAAACUGCUUCUCCAGGAUCUUCGAACAACCCCUCGAGCAUUCAUAACAAUCAGAACAACACAAACGCCGAGGGAACGCCAGACAAGCAUUUCCAUUGCACACUCUCUUCUGCUACCGAGCGUCGGUUAGCCGAUCUGGAGGACAAGCUUAGCUCUCUGAUGGCAUUACAGUUAAGCUGUUUUGGUCAACCGGGUGCUGUGCAUCGGGAAUAUUCAUUUGAAACACCUGGAAACACACGAAACGCAUUGCCCAUCAUCUGCGAAAGAAACAUGCCCAUUCUGAACAGUGCUGGCGAGGGAUAUGUUGACGGUGGACAAGUCAGACAACCGGUUUGCGAGCAUGAAACCAAAGCAAUGACAGUUAGUUCCGCACAGGCAACAAUGCCCCAUCCUGGCGAAACUCUGGAAGUAUCUUCAACCAGACGACCAACCACAGCAAUUUUUUACAAAAGUCCAUCGCCUGUCACUUUUAGUUUGGCAACGUCACAUGAUGCCCCACAUGCAAUAGCAGAGGAACAUCCGCCGGGGGCUCCCAAAAGACCGAACACCGUUCGAAAUACGGCCAGGUCCAACGGACAUCCUGUUACUCGUCGACAGACUAUGGUCACAUUCUUUCUCCAACAAUAUUCAUUCUUGCCAUUUGCUGAGCAACUUCUUCAAGAACUGCUUACGGAGCGCAGUCAACGCAAAGAAGCGGAAAAUGUUUGUCGUGAACUGAUGGACCAAGUGCGUCGUCUUAAAGCGUCAGCUGUUGAUGAAGCUAAGGUUAUGGAGGCGACCGAGAAGUUGAAACAGGCAUUUACGGCUGAACAUCGUGCGCGAUUGGACGCGGAGACACGAAUUCGCGAGCUGGACACGAAUAAAAUGUCCACUCGGUUGAUGGAGUUGGCAAGAGACUAUGAAAAGGCCGUAACUCGGGCAGAGCAAGCAGAGAAGAAAGUGAGUGAGAUGCAAUCCUUGCUCCAAAAGCGGGACUCUGAGAACAAAGAGCUUUUGGAAAAGCGUUUUGCGCUUGACAGUCCAGAACUGAACCAACUGCUUGCGGCUCACACCGAAACGGUUGAACUUCGCCAUCAGCAAGCACUGAAAUCCUUAAACGAAAAGCUGGAAGCCAGCGAAGCUCGCUAUCACUCGUUGGAGGAAGAAUUUCGCGUGGCGUUACGGAUUGAAGCCGAUCGUUACGGUGAUCUGUUCAAAGCCAUGGGGAUACUUAAACAACAACUGGUCGAUGUGGAGCAACGGAAUAAGGACUUGGAACAACGAGAGCGAACAGCACAGCAGUUGAUUUCGGAACUAACCACAGCUAUAAAGGAGCAGAAAUCCAGGACGGUUAGUCAACAGAAGUCUAAUUUGAUUGUCCAGAGUAAUCAAAAGGAACGUAUUUCAACCCUUGAAACACAGUUGCAGGAAGCUCAAAACCGAUUUUCAAUCUUGGAAAACCUUCGAAAGGAAAAUAAACAUUUGAAGGCGGAAUUGGCGGCCCAAGAGUCGCUUGUUAUGGGACUGAGGGCAGAGCGACGUAACUGGAGCGAGGAACUAGCCCAACAAGGUUCAACGUUAGCUCAGGAUCGAGGUCGUUUGGAGGCGAAGAUUGAGGCGCAAGCUGAGGAAAUUAUUAGUUUGAAGAAGAAUCUCGAGCAACAACUAGACAAUGUGAAAAUCAAAAGCAAAAUAAUUGAUGAUCAAACGGAAACCAUCCGGGAUCUGAAGAAGGCUACCACUGAAAGCCAGCGUGAAUUGAAACGAGUACAAGACGAUGCGAUUUCAAUACGGCAGCGCUUGGAGGAGCAAUUACUUCAAAAGAAGAAAGAGGCCGAGGAAAAUGAGGUAGCAAAGUUAGAAAGGCUGGUUGUGCGCAAAGAAGAACUGAAAGAAACCGUGAUUGAAUUGGAGUCCAAGAAUGAGGAACUAAAAGCCCAAAACGAAUCACUUAACCAGCGUUGGUGUGACCGUACCAGCCUUUUGGAUAAACUGGAGAAACAAGUUGAACUGAUGCGUCAAACGUGGGAACGAGAACAACAGACCUUAAUCAGUGAGCGCGAUAUCGCAAAAGAGCGCAUCAACGAGUUGCAAACACAAAUGGAACAAAUGAAUAUGGACUACCAGCGGCAGUUUGAAAUGAUAAAUGAAGCAAAGAACGUAGCCAUCUCCACAACACAGAGGGAAGCCGAACUAUUACGCUCGAACUGCGAGAGUCGGGUGGCCGAAGUUGAGUCAGAAAUGCGCGCCGUCCUUAUUGAAACCGAACACGCCCGGAACGUUAUGGAAGCACGUCUGCGCAAGCUUUCAAUGGCCCUGCUGGACUCAGCUACUUUGUCCGCACCACCCUUAAAUCAUUGUUACAAAUCGCAAUCAAACCACUGGUUCACCCACCAAGGCGUAGACUCGACGUCAUCACUUCGUCCUACUAGUGAAUCCUCAAACGUUGUGGAAACGGUCAAUCCGUCGUCUACAAGCAGUGGUUUUAUGAACUCAAACCCAUGAGAUUGAAUUCCGCAGCACUCCCGAAGGACAUGCAGAAUAUCCUGGUCCUGACAAAAGCUAGACGUUGAGCAACACAUCCCAACACACAGGGUUCCAAUGCUCGAAUUCAAUCGUUCCGUUGACCUUUAAACCGUGGUUUCUUUGCUUUUAGCUCAGUCGCAUAAUAGUCUUAUUUUGAAGACUUCCCGCUGAUCAACUGCACUGCGAUGUCAUGUUAGUUUUGAGACAGUCUGA